AUGGCUAAGGCCAUUCCAAUUGUCAUGCCUAAUACAAACCACCGACUUUGCACAUGGCAUUUGAUGCAAAAUGCUGUGAAGCAUGUAAGUUCUCUUUUUAGAGAUGUAGGGGUGAAGGGUGUGUUUUCAAAAUUUAUACAUCAAAUUGAUGAUGAAGAAGAAUUCAAAAUACAACGGGACCAAAUGCUUGAUAGGUAUGAUGCACGCAACAAUCAUUGGUUGGAGCAAACUUUUGGUGUGAAAGAGAAAUGGGAAUGGCCAUAUAUUAUAAAUUCUUGGGCAGCUGGAAUGAGUACUACCCAACUAAGUGAAUCAUUCAAUGCAUUUUUGAAGGAUUAUCUCAAUUGUGAUCAUAACUUGAUAGAAUUUUUCAUGCAUUUUGAGAGGGUGCUCUAUGACAAAAGGUAUAAAGAAUUGGAAUCCGAGUAUAAUUUGUCCCAAAAAUUGCCAAGGGUUUCCAUUCCAACUUUGAUGUUAACGCAAAUGGCAGAUAUUUACACCAAAACAAUUUUUGAGGAAUUCCAAAAUGAGUACGUGCAGUCCAUUGAAGCGUCCAUUGUAGGCACUAUUAAUGAUGGUGAGAGUACCAUAUUCACAAUUCAAAUGGACAUAGAUUGA